UGGCCUAGAGCAGGAUUUGAUUGAAAACCAACGGUGCUGCUGGCCGUGGUGUCCCCGAGGUCGAGGGGACCGGGAGUGGGCUGGGGGACGGCGGGACUGCCCCCCGAUCCGGAGCAGCGGCGACUGCAGCAGCGGCCAUGAGAAGGACGGUUUCGAGCUCGGCCUGAGGAGGGAGCCUCCGUCGGGCGGAGUGCAAUGUUAAUUCUGGGGCAUUGAUGUUUUACAAUGCCUGAUCAAGACAAAAAGGUGAAGACCACAGAAAAAUCAACUGAGAAAAGACAACAAGGAAUCACCAUCAGGGACUACUCAGAUCUGAAGAGACUUCGGUGCCUUUUGAAUGUUCAAUCAAGCAAACAACAGCUUCCAGCCAUUAACUUCAGUAGUGCCCAAAAUAGCAUGACAAAAUCUGAGCCCGCCAGCAAGAUGGGUGGACACAGGUCUCGAGGUCAGUGGCACGAGUCUACAGAAGCUGUUGAACUUGAACAUUUCAGUAUAAACUACAAGAAUGAGAGACAUUUCAGCACACACCCCCAGCAUGAACUCUUUCAGGAGAUCUUUACAGCCCUGGUGAAAAACAGACUCAUAUGCAGAGAGUGGGUUAACCGAGCCCCAUCAAUUCAUUUUCUGAGAGUGUUAAUCUGCCUGAGACUACUCAUGAGGGAUCCAUGUUACCAGGAAAUACUCCACAACUUGGGUGGGAUUGGAAACCUGGCUCAGUACAUGGAGAUUGUGGCCAAUGAGUACCUUGGCUACGGUGAGGAGCAGCACAGUGUGGACAAGCUGGUCAACAUGACGUAUAUCUUUCAAAAACUUGCCGCUGUCAAGGACCAACGGGAAUGGAUCACCACAAGCGGAGCCCACAAGACAUUGGUAAAUUUACUUGGUGCCCGAGAUACUAAUGUUCUGUUGGGCGCCCUCCUGGCUUUGGCUAGCUUAGCUGAAAGUCCAGAAUGUAGGGAGAAGAUAAGUGAACUUAAUAUUGUAGAAAAUCUGCUGAUGAUCUUACAUGAAUAUGACUUGCUUUCCAAAAGACUGACUGCAGAGCUGCUGCGCCUACUUUGUGCAGAGCCCCAGGUGAAAGAGCAGGUGAAGCUCUACGAGGGGAUCCCCGUCCUUCUCAGUCUGCUGCACUCUGACCACCUGAAGCUGCUUUGGAGCGUUGUCUGGAUUCUGGUUCAGGUUUGUGAGGACCCUGAGACCAGUGUGGAAAUCCGCAUUUGGGGCGGCAUCAAGCAGCUUCUUCAUAUUUUACGUGGAGAUAGAAACUUUGUUUCUGAUCGUUCUUCCAUUGGAAGCCUGUCCAGUGCAAACGCAGCAGGCCGAAUCCAGCAGCUUCAUUUGUCAGAAGAUUUAAGCCCUCGGGAAAUACAAGAAAACACUUUCUCUCUUCAAGCUGCCUGCUGUGCCGCCCUCACCGAGCUGGUGCUCAAUGACACCAACGCCCACCAGGUGGUCCAGGAAAAUGGUGUAUAUACAAUAGCAAAAUUAAUUUUACCAAACAGACAAAAGAAUGCAGCAAAAACUAAUCUAUUACAGUGUUAUGCAUUCAGAGCCUUGAGGUUUCUCUUCAGUAUGGAAAGAAACAGACCGCUCUUUAAAAGACUUUUCCCCACCGACUUGUUUGAGAUCUUCAUUGACAUAGGACAUUAUGUUCGUGAUAUCAGUGCUUAUGAAGAAUUGGUAUCAAAGCUGAAUUUAUUAGUGGAGGAUCAGCUAAAGCAAAUUGCUGAAAAUAUUGAAAGCAUUAAUCAGAACAAAGCUCCUUCGAAAUACAUUGGCAACUAUGCGAUUUUGGAUCAUCUUGGAAGUGGAGCUUUUGGCUGUGUUUACAAGCUCUAUCACCCCAAUGUUGUGCGCUAUUAUAAAACAUUUCUGGAAAAUGACAGAUUGUAUAUAGUUAUGGAGCUCAUAGAAGGGGCUCCUCUUGGAGAGCAUUUCAGUUCUUUGAAGGAAAAAAAGCAUCACUUUUCUGAAGAAAGACUAUGGAAAAUAUUUAUUCAGCUGUGCUUAGCUCUUCGGUACUUACACAAGGAGAAGAGGAUUGUCCACAGAGACCUGACACCAAACAACAUCAUGUUGGGGGAUAAGGACAAAGUAACAGUUACUGACUUUGGCCUGGCCAAGCAAAAACAAGAAAACAGUAAACUCACGUCUGUUGUGGGAACAAUCCUGUAUUCCUGCCCCGAGGUACUGAAGAGUGAGCCGUAUGGGGAGAAGGCUGACGUCUGGGCAGCAGGCUGCAUCCUUUACCAGAUGGCGACUCUGCACCCCCCCUUCUACAGCACCAACAUGCUUUCCCUUGCUACAAAAAUAGUGGAGGCGGUAUAUGACCCAGUGCCAGAAGGUGUCUACUCUGAAAAAGUGACCGAUACCAUCAGCAGGUGCCUCACUCCUGAUGCAGAAACCCGCGCAGAUAUUGUAGAAGUCAGCUCGAUGAUAUCAGAUGUCAUGAUGAAGUAUUUAGACAACUUGUCUACAUCCCAGCUGGCCUUAGAGAAGAAGCUGGAGCGGGAACGGAGGCGCACACAGAGGUAUUUUAUGGAAGCCAACCGGAACUCCAUCACGUGUCACCGCGAACUGGCUUUGCUGUCUCACGACACCUUCGAGAAGGCGAGCCUGAGUAGCGUCAGCAGCGGAGCCUCCAGCCUGAAAAGCGAACUUGCAGAAAGUGCAGCCCUGCCCCCCGAAGGCUUCCAGGCCCCCUGCGGGAAGGAGGAAGACAGGGCCUGUGACGGAGUCCUGUCCGAUGAGAACUUCAACUUGGAAAAUAUCGACAAAGACAUAUAUUCAGAGCUGGAUGAUGAACUGGAUGUUUCAGAUAACUCGAGCAGCUCCGGGUCAAGCCCCUUAAAAGAGUCCACAUUCAGCAUUUUAAAGAGAAGUUUUAGUGCGUCAGGAGGAGAAAGACAAUCCCAAAUGAGGGACUUCACUGGUGGAAUAGGAUCAAGACCAAGAGCAGCUUUGCCGCCUCUUGACCUGCUUCUGAGAGUGCCACCCCUCAUGCUUCAGGCCCACGUUAAGGAGCUAGAGGCCGAGUUAGGGACAGGGUGGCAGUCCCAUAGCGUUCCUGCUGUGAUUCUUCACAAUCUCAAAGAGCAUGGGCCACAGAUGAACACAUUCUUGUGGCAAGCAUCUGCAGGGAUUGCUGUAUCCCAGAGAAAAGUACGUCAGAUCAGUGAUCCUAUUCAACAGAUCUUAAUUCAGCUGCACAAAAUCAUCUACAUCACUCAGCUUCCUCCAGCUUUGCACCACAAUUUGAAAAGAAGGGUUAUAGAGAGAUUCAAGAAAUCCCUCUUCAGCCAGCAGAGUAACCCUUGUCAUUUGAAAUCUGAAAUUAAAAAGGAUGUCACCACUUUGUCUUAG